CGCAUCAAAUGAGCGAGCGUUUGUGUUUGUCUGUGCAUGCAUAAACCUGGAGCGCAGGCGUGCAGAACCAGCUCAGCCAUGAGAUAUCUCCGCAGGUUGCAAUGGAACGACUCCUCCGUUCUAAUCCACCCCCCAGGGUUCUACAUCAUCGGCUUUACCUCCCUGCCCUUCGCCAACCUCUACUUCCUCUUCCUCGCUUUCGUUUACGUGGUGUCGGUCGUGUUCAACACAAUUCUGAUCUAUAUAAUAACGGUGGACCACCGCCUCCACAACCCCAAGUUUAUUGCGGUUGGUAACCUUGCGGUGGUUGAUCUGGUGCUGAACACUUGCAUUAUCCCCGGUAUGCUAAAGACGUUUCUUGCUAAGAACAAUUUCGUGUCGUUUAAUCUGUGCAUGGUGCAGAUGUAUGUGUAUUAUUGCUUCAUGUCUAUGGAAUCGUUCUCCAUCGCCGUGCUCGCCUAUGACCGUAUGAUCGCCAUAUGUUUCCCUCUGAGGCACGGCUCCAUCAACACCAUGACGAGUAUGUCGUGUAUUCUUGGUUUCAUCUGGUGCUUCUGUCUCGGUAUGCAUACAUUCAGCACGUCCAUUAUGACCAGGCUGUCCUACUGCGAUUCCGUUAACGUCUACAGCUAUUUCUGUGAUUACGCGCCAGUGUUUCGGCUGGCAUGUAACGACAACACCCUGCAAUGGGCUGUGGCUUCAGCGAUGAGCCUGGGUAUCAUCCUCGGCCCAUUGUCCUUCAUCCUUAUGUCAUACAUUAGCAUUCUAAUCGCUGUGUUCAGGAUGAAAACCGUUGAGAGUCGUGUGAAAGCGCUGGCCACCUGCACUGAGCACCUCAUUCUUGUGGCAGUAUUCUUCAUUCCGGUUCUGACUAUUUUCAUGGUCGGGUUAUUAGCGCGCAACAUCAAACCAGACCCUGACCUGCGCGUGCUGAGCCUGUCACUGGCCUCGUGCAUCCCGCCCUGUCUCAACCCCAUAGUCUAUUCUCUGAAAACUAAAGAGAUCAAGAGCAAAGUACUUACCAUGUUCCGGAGAAUUAAAGUUCAAGUAGUUAAAGGUUGAUCUUUACGCAUAGGUUGCUAUGUGCGUAAAGUUAU